CGAUGUAUCGAUAGUGCGUUUACAGCUUGUUUUACCCAGCUCUAGUUUACAGUCCUCGUUUCGAUUUUGUUCUUUUUCUUGAUAAAAAUCAACUAAAAUUAACCGAUCGCGAUCCCAUUUAUUUCGUACAUACACUGACACCGAAACAUCACUCCGACCAGUCCCACUCCAACUGCCAGCCAUCACUCAAUACUUGUCCAAUGCUCUGGCGUGCGUAGAGAGCCAUCGGAGCAAAGAAGAAGAAGAAGCAACGCAACAACAGAGGCAGAGCAGAGCAGCGUCAGAGGAGAGGUGAAACAAAGGAGACGCACAAAAAAUACAAUUAAAAUUGUGAAUUGACACAAGCGACGGCCUCGACUGCGGACGUAACGCUGACACACAUAAAGCGAGCCGCUGGAGUAUCACGUGAUAAUUAUCUGCGAUUCGUAGAGUAAUCAGACCCCAUAUCCACACAUCCAUAACAUCCUGCGGCAGUUUUGUUAUUUACAUAACAGCGCCAGAGCGAAGGCAACAGCAGAAGCAGAGGCAAAGGAUAAUAUAUUAUGAACAAUCUGGCGGACACGGUGGUGGUGGAUCCCGGUUUCGGUGGUGGCGACAAGCAGCAGCAGGCUGCCGUACCGCCUCAGGAUGCCAGCGUUGUGGUGCCACCACCCCCCACCAAGCAAUCGUCGGCUCUGAAGAAGACCAGCCGCUAUCGCAGUCGCUCGCUGAGCGCCUCCUCCACGGAUUCGUUCAGCUCUGCCUCGUACACGGGCAGCAGCGACGACGGUGACGAUGUGCCACCCCGCGAAAAGGUUCAGAAAAACACCAAAGGCAGCUCUGAUUUUUGUGUGCGCAACAUUACCGCCCAACAUGCGUUUGGUCGGCGUGAGAUCGAAAUUGCCGAACAGGAGAUGCCCGGCAUUAUGGCCCUGCGUAAGCGUGCCGCCGAGGAUAAGCCCCUGAAGGAUGCCAAGAUCGUCGGCUGUACACACAUAAAUGCCCAGACGGCGGUGCUCAUCGAAACCCUUGUCGAGCUGGGGGCCAGCGUGCGCUGGGCCGCCUGUAACAUUUACUCCACGCAAAACGAGGUGGCUGCCGCUUUGGCCGAGUCCAACAUUCCCAUCUUUGCCUGGCGCGGCGAGACGGAGGAGGACUUCUGGUGGUGCAUCGAUCGAUGUGUGAAUGCCGAGAACUGGCAGCCCAACAUGAUACUGGACGACGGUGGGGAUGCCACCCACCUGAUGCUGAAAAAGUAUCCCACAAUGUUCAAGCUCGUUAAAGGUAUUGUAGAGGAGAGCGUCACGGGCGUGCAUCGCCUCUAUCAGCUGUCCAAGGCGGGCAAGCUGACGGUCCCCGCGAUGAAUGUGAACGAUUCGGUGACAAAGACAAAAUUCGAUAACCUCUACAGCUGUAAGGAGUCGAUUCUGGACAGUUUGAAGCGAUCCACGGACGUUAUGUUUGGCGGCAAGCAGGUUGUUGUCUGUGGCUACGGUGAUGUGGGCAAGGGCUGUGCCCAGGCCCUCAAGGGACAGGGCUGCAUUGUGUAUAUCACGGAAAUCGAUCCGAUAUGCGCUUUGCAGGCCAGCAUGGAUGGCUUUCGUGUGGUGAAGCUGAACGAGGUGAUCCGGAAUGUGGACAUUGUGGUCACUGCCACUGGCAACAAGAAUGUGGUGGUGCGCGAGCACAUGGACAAGAUGAAGAGUGGCUGCAUUGUCAGCAAUAUGGGGCACUCCAACACGGAGAUCGAUGUGAAUGGAUUGCGCACACCGGACCUCACCUGGGAAAAGGUGCGCUCGCAGGUGGAUCACAUCAUCUGGCCAGAGGGCAAGUACAUCAUUCUCCUGGCUGAGGGGCGUCUGGUGAAUCUGAGCUGUUCGAGCAUUCCCUCCUUUGCGGUGUCCAUUACAUCGGCGACGCAGGCGCUGGCCCUCAUCGAGCUUUUUAAUGCACCGCCUGGGCGCUAUAAGUCCGAUGUGUAUUUGCUGCCCAAGAAGAUGGACGAGUAUGUGGCCAGCCUCCAUCUGCCCACGUUCGAUGCCCAUCUGACGGAACUGAGCGACGAGCAGGCCAAGUACAUGGGCCUAAACAAGGCCGGUCCUUUCAAGCCCAAUUACUAUCGCUACUAAAGACGUUGAUCCAGGAGGAGGACAAUAACAAUAACAGCAGCAGUAGCAGCAACAAGCAGCAACAAUUAGAAGAAACAACGCCAACGAAAGUAUUGUCUUUGCAAAAGUAAAACUAUUUAAGAGAGAAUGCUGGCCAGAAAUGGCAUACGGAUGGAUGAAUGAAGUCGGAGUAAGGGCCUCUCGAAAUUGUUGACAACAGACAGAAAACCACACACACAACACACAAAAAGGAGAACACUAGAACACAAAGUUACUAUUACAAAAUGUAUUGCUUAGUUUAGCGAGUAGAGAUCCAAUAGCCAACCAUGGCCCAUGCUGAAGAUGAGAACCAAUUCGGAAGAGAGCACGGGAUACUGGACAAGAAUUCAAACCCUUAGUUUGGCUUUUCCUAGCAUUUAACGUUAUUUCCGAUAGUAUUUAGAGCAUUUUUGAGUAUAUUUCGUUUGUCGUUGAUCAACACCUAACACGCAACCCUCCACAACACAGCUGACCACUGACCAACACUGCUCUCUCUAUCUCUCUUCCGCUUCAUCCAAACCGAAAACCAUGUGAAUCCCCAAAGAAUUUAACAAAAUUUGAAACGUUUUAUUGCCGAUCUUUGAAUUUAUAUAACUAAUAUAUAUAUGUAUGUGUAUAUGUAUCUAUCUAUCUA